AUGACGAAUCUUGAGUGGGGAAAGGCAGGGUGCAGCGAGGAUGCCAUCCAGAAGUGUGUAGCGGCCGGCGCCUUCCAUCCUGGCGAGCUGAUCGAAUGGCGAGCCCCCAUCAAAGAUGAGACUCCGACGCUAUCCACCUUGGAGGAUCAGUUUGUUAUCCUGUCUCUGAGGCACAUAAUUUGCGGUCUGAGGUUGGAUGCGAGCGAUUUUCUGGUCAGCGUGCUCAACCACUACAGACUUGAGUGGUCUCACCUGACGCCCAACUCCAUUACCGCGCUGAGCAUGUUCGCCCACCUCUGUGAGGCCUACAUGGGAGUGCCUCCGACUGUGGAGGUCUUCACGCACUUCUACAACCUCUUUCACAAUAUGAAAGGCAAAACGACAACACUCGGCUCCGUCUACUUCCGGCUUAGGGACAAGAUGAAGAAGAGUUAUCCAGUGUACUACUUGAAAGCCUCGCAGUUCAGUUGGGUUUCUCUGUGGUUCUAUGCCAAGGUACCACAGAACUGUCGCUUGACCUUCAGGUGUGAUGCAUUGGAGGAGAAAGACAAUUGGAAGGAUCUUUUGCCUCUUUCCCCUGAGCAGGAGAAGCAGGUCCUCCGAAUCACGGAGUUAAGUAACCAAGGCUUGACUGGUGUAGACAUCGUUCACGAUUACCUCAAGCACCGGAUUAGCCCUUUGCGCCGAAGGACGCAUUUGGCGUGCGGUUAUUCUGGUCUGUCAGAUCCUACCAGGGAUUCAGAAAAAGAUCUUUCUGUGGAAGACAUUGAGAGCAAGCUGCGCUACCUUCUAGAUCUUAAGAAAAUGGGUGUGAAGCAGCCUACAGAUAGACGUAAUGUUCCAACCAGCCUGGUCAGAGCAUCAGCCAAUGACCAUGCCAAUCAACCUCUUGGCUUGCUGAAUGUUCCCUCAACUCACGAAGCUAAGAAGAAAGCACUUGAGGAGAUUACAGCUUCGAUAAAGACAAGGAAAUCUUCCAUGAUCACAUAUAAAUCUCAAGUUCGCCGUGCCUCCCUACGAAGAUACACAAGGCAAUCUGCUGGUCCCAGGAAGGUUGUAGUACCUCCACCUCUUGAAAUUGACCCUUCCCCCACUCAAGGUUCGGAUCCAGAAGAAGAGAUUCUUGAUGCCAUAACAAAUAUAACAACUGCAGCUUCUCCAAACAGGGGCGUAGAACAAAAAUCUAUAGAGCACCCUUCUGAGGUUAAAGAGGGGAAAAUAGCAGAGUUAACGAAACCUUCUUUUUCAGUUAUUGGUGCCAAAAGAAAGGCCCCCCGAUCUCAUUCUCAGAGAAGGGCAAAGUAUUCAUUACUUUCCGUUGUUACAAAGAACAGGAUGUCGUCUUUGGACACUGGUUCUAUAAAAGGGACUUCCUCAACAAAAGAGGCAGUGUUAGCGCUAAAUUCACGGCCACUAGGAUUGGCACGAUGCCCUCCUGCCUCUUUAGCAGAAGAGGCAGGGAACGGUGAACUGUUCAUGCUUGCCAAUGUUGUUGAUUCACGGCCUAAGGUUGUUGAGGACUCCAUGUCGAAUGUACUCCUUAAUCAACCUGUUAGAGAUUUUUCUCGCAAGGAGGUUGAUCCUGCACAAUCUAUCUCUGAGAUAGUCAGAGACCAGGAGGCCAUUGAGGUAUCAGCUGCCAUUCCAGUGCAUAAUACGGAGGAAAUAAACAGUGAGGUGAUAUGGGAGCGGAUGCAGAAAGUUCAGAGUGAAUAUGUGUCAUUCAGUGUGGCAGCCUCCUCUGAGAUUUUAGAACAAGCAAACAAGCUGGUCAUGGAGAAUAGACGCCUGAAGGAUAGGCAGAUAAUGCUGGAGCAACAAGUGAAAGACCUCGAAGACAACAAAAGGCUCUUGAUGAAGAAAGCCGAGCAGGAGACAUUCAAAAUAAAAGAAGAAAAUAUAAAGCUGAAAGAUGAGAACAAAGACCUCAAAGACAGCAGAAGGCUCUUAACAGAAAGGAUGACGGAAGCCGAGCAGGAGGCAUUCAAAAUAGUAGAAGAAAAUAUAAAGCUGAAAGAUGAGAAUAAAGGCCAGAAGCAGAAGAUCGAGGAGCUGAGUAAGCAGAACGAGUCGACCCUAGGGGCCUUGGUCCAGAAAUGCGCAGAGGUGAACCGCCACAAAGAGGAGGCGGCUCAGCUCAUUAAAGAAAAGGAAGAGCUGCAAGCGCGCGUGUCGCGUGCCAAUGAUCUUGUCAAGCUAAUGACGAGUACUUUGGGCCAAGAAAAAGACAGUGCUUCCUGA